AUGCGUCCUCCUCGCUCGGAAUGCACUCACCUCGCUCGGAGCAAAGACAGCUCGCUCGGAAGACUGGACCCACAUCGCUCGGGAAUAUUUGAUGGAACUCCGAGCGAGAAGAGCCAGAUCGACCGACACAGUGAUGGUGCAGCCGCGCUGGUUGGUUUCCAAUUACCCCAGGUUGUGGGGUAA